AUCAAUUCCCAAAACAGCUGUCGGCAAAAUUACCUGUGUUGAUCUUUUGUUAUUUGACAAAAUCUGACAGAUGACAGACACUUCAUACCAAAAUUCUUCGAAGCUUUUGCGAGUUCAUUUUCCUACGCAAAAUUCAUACAAAUACGGUUUGUUUUGAAGGAAUAUAUCAGUUUUAAUCGAAACGAGGGACUUUAGGCUAAACAUAUAUACAAGAUUACUUUUGUGAAACCAAGUAAUAUGGCUUUAAAUACUAAGUUAUUAGUGCCAAUGGCAUUGGGUUUCUCGUUGGUGACUGUCACAGCAUUUGUGUUGUACUAUGUGUUCAAACGGGAGGAGGAAGCCAAUGACAAACCUAUCAGAUCUACAAAAGUGAACAUUAUAGAGGUGCAGGUGCCAAAGAAAAUCGUACCUGCUCUUAUUGGUCGAAGCGGUUCAAACAUAAAGAAAAUUGAGGAGAAAUCUGGCGCAAUGAUUCACUUCAAGAAGUUUAGUGAAGAGGAUUAUGACGUGUGCAUAAUCCGAGGUCGACCGAACGCGACGCAGAUCGCCGAGACCUUGGUGUAUGAUUUCAUCAAACAGCAGCCAGACAUUGUGGAAGACAGCUUACAAGUGCCCGGUUGGGCUUGUGGCAGAAUUAUUGGAACGGGCGGUGAAAAUAUAAACGAAAUUAGCCAUAGAAGCGGCGCGCGAGUUAAGGUAGAGGGAGAGAGGGGGGGUGACCUAAGCGCGCCAAGACAGAUCAGCUUCCGAGGCACAGCAGAACAAAUAAAGAUAGCUAAAACUCUUGUUGAGGAAUGUGUGGAGCAAGAGCGUUGUCGUCGCGAGAUCGAGCAAGCGAAGCGAAGUCCACGCGUGGCCAUCCCCUCCCCGCUCGCGACGACUCCGCCCGCCGAGUUGCCAGGUGACAAACCCGACAAGCAUGCGCGGCCCCGGCGUGAAGCGACCAGCUCAUCCAUCGAAGUGUACGUGUCAGCCGUGUCGACGCCGUCGCGCUUCUGGGUGCAGUUCGUGGGCCCACAGGUCGCACAGCUGGACGAGCUGGUCGCGCACAUGACGGAAUAUUACAGCAACAAAGACAACCGCGCCAACCACACCAUCAGAAAACUGGGUGUGGGGCAGGUGGUGGCGGCCGUGUUCCGCCACGACGGGCGCUGGUACCGCGCGCGCGUCGACGACAUCCGACCCAACGAGUUUGACGCCACGCAACAGGUAGCUGACUUGUACUAUUUGGACUACGGUGACAGCGAGUACGUCGCCACGCACGAACUCUGUGAGCUGAGGGCAGAUUUACUACGACUGCGAUUCCAGGCAAUGGAGUGUUUCCUGGCGGGCGCAGUACCCAUCGGCACGUCUCGCGGAAAGGACGCUGAGGGCAAAACACCGAGGUGGUCCUCACAGGCCAUCGAGCGGUUUGAGGAACUUGUACAUGUAGCGCGCUGGAAGCCGCUGAUAUCUAAAACGUGUGCAUACAAGAAAGCCUCCUCUUCACCAAACGACAGGGAGAGGGAAAUACCCGGCAUCAAACUGUACGACGUCACGGACGAAGGCACGAUAGAAGUGGCGGAAGCGCUUAUAGCAGAAGGAUUCGCGGAAGCGGAAGGUUCGCCGCGCUCCACACCACCACUUACACCCAACACACCCUUUGGUGACCUGAGCGUUUCACGGGUGUUGGGAAUGGUAGGGCCGGGCAGCCCACGCGCAGCCUCGAUGCCUAAAGACCAUAAAGACGACAGCACAGAAUCCGAGGACGUGGUCAAAGACAAAGUAAGGAGAUCGCUGGGCGGAGGUCUAGAAACCACCGAUAAAUUGAAAUCUAUAUCAAACUUCGAUCUAUCCUAUCCCGACAAUACGUCAACGCCGCCCGUGAACGGCUCACAAGAUUUCCUAGCGACAGAGAAGGGAAAUGUCGAGAACGAGACGCAAGAACAACAAAAAUUGCCUAUUUCGACGAAACUAAACGACGAAUUCAAAGCGAAUAUUAAUAGAAUCGACUCGCAUCAUAGUUUAGACGCUCUAGGAAGACAAAAUUGAGGUAUUUAACAUUAAGUAGAUUUUUAUAUAUUAUAGUUACUGUUAACAACCUCUAUGUAGUACGGCACACAAGAAGGGCCAUUUCGACCAACAAGUUUUUCAUCAUAUCCAUUCGAAAAUGAAACUUGUCAUUAGGCGAUAGCGGGAUCAAACUUCGAUCUAUCUUAUCCCGACAAUACGUCAACGCCGCCGGUGAACGGUUCACAAGACUUCGCAGCGACAGAGAGGGGAAACGUCGAGAACGAGACGCAAGAACAAAAAAAUUGCCCAUUUCGACGAAACUAAACGACGAAUUCAAAGUGAAUAUUAAUAGAAUUGACUCGCACCAUAGUUUAGACGCUCUAAGGAGACAAAAUUGAGGUAUUUAACUUUAAGUAGAUUUUUAUAUAUUAUAGUUACUGUUAACAACCUCUAUACAAGCACAAGCACAAGCACAAGAUGGGUCAUCCUGUCAGAAAAAUGAAAAUUGGCAUUGGGGAUAGCAGAAACAAAAUUCUAUUAUGUCCUUAUGGAGUUUAAAUUUUCUCUCAUCUGAUUGGUCCGCGUACUUGUUUUAGUUUUAAUUUUUUUUCUCAUAGUUAAAGAAAAAUAGUGUGUGUCACUCGAGGUCAAAACAUUUUCUUCUCGAGCGGCUAUAUUGAAUUUCUCGCUAUGCUCUGAAUUCAGAAUAACGCUUUCGAGGAACAAAAAUAUCACUUGGCCCCUUGUCAUACAAAUAACUGUUGUCGCCUGCGAUUCAUUUUGACUUGCAACUUGAUGUCCAGUGUCAUACUAAUUUUUACAGCAUCAUAUAACACGUUCUUUGGUUGAAACAGCUCUUCUAUGGGUAAUAAUUGACUUCAUGGUUGCUGAUUUUACUGUAUUGUUCGUAGUAAAGGUAACAAAUACAUAUUCGUAAAAGACCAUUUACUAACUUGUCUAGGUUUAGGGAGGAUUUAGUCAUAAGCGGACUCUAGUGAAAUAUGUAGUCAGAAACAUGUUAGACAUUAGAUGACAGAUAUGAAUAGCAACGAAUAUUCGGCCAUAGUAUUUAUAGUUACAUCAGUAGCCAAGUAAUAUGCCGAAUAGUUAAUUAUUUUGCCGAAUUAGCCGAAUCGUUAUUUACUUUUAUUC